AUGCAAGAUCUCUCGACCACAGCAUGGACAACUCCCAUGCCCAUGCCCAUCCCCGCAACGAUUGAUCCCCACCACGCGCAGCAGGCACGCACGCGCAAAUUCCUCGAGGAGAACGCCUGGCUCAACGCCCUCCCCAUCUCUGCAAGCGAUCGCCACGCUCUCCGUAGCAUCCAAGGCCUCUACGAGGUUCGCAUCGACAAGCCCCUCGAGGGCGUUUUCCUGAUCGAUCCAGCCUUUACCAUCCAGCAGUGUGACCCGGCCACCGGCUUUAGUCCAUCGUUGCCGGUUGAAUGGAUGAGCUGGGCCGAGGAUGAUGGCUGGGGUCGGGAGGAGACCAGCUGUAUCCCGAGCGAGAUGCGGAUCAAACCCUGGACAAAGACACUCGAGGGUGAGUUUGGGUUCAUGUGGGGAUCCGGGUGGCCUGGUCCAGGGACUAUGAGUUUCCGGGCCACGCGUUUGCCCGAGGUCGAGAAUCCGGUUCGUCGUGAUGUCAACUUCGUUGAGGAUAUUGUACGCGAAUGGGGUCGUCGUGGGCCGCCAUAUUAUGAGCUGGAGAUCAUACGCCAGACGCUGUCGCCGGAGGAGCUGAGGGCGGAACUGCGCAAUCGGGAUGAUGCGCUGGCUUGGGCUCGUGAGGAGAGUCUGAAUGAGCAGGCUGAUAAGGAUGACGAACUAGCACUUUUGUCCGCGUGCUUUCCGGUAAAAGGGGAUGUGGCAAUGGCUGUGGUCGACCGCAGUGGCAAUAGUAUACAGAUUCGUUUGCGGGUUCACACAAAGUACAAUCGGGUCUGGGGGGAGAUUGACGGCGACUUCCGGACGAUUUCCUUUGUGAAUUUGCAGACUCGUGACAAACUUUCAGCCCUGACGAAAGUCUCUUGCAUUGGCGAGGCUGAAGACAGCCACCUUGUAUCUCUGCUAGCCUGGUUGCUGUCGGAAAGGAAAACGCUCAGCGCCCAAGUGUUCGACAAGCUUGGCAGUAGCAUGCCGAUCCGCCUGCGGCGAGAUGAGAAAGUUGUCGUCUUUGGAGAAUUUGACGGGGACUUUACGACGCUUUCUCUGAUGAGGUGGAAGAUCGACAGCCGUUAUGGGAAGUAUUAG